AUUCAUUUCUGCUUGAUAUGUUAUCGAAACAUCUCUAAUAUGGCAACAGGAGGUAUUUGCACUCUCAAUGAUAGCGAAUUAAAGGUUCUUAAAGGGACAAAUGGAAAAGAAUACGGCUUUUUCUAUACGAAAGUUUCCCCAUUUAGUCAAUUCUACAAUGCUGAGUUCGAAGCUCCUGGCGAAGAUAUGUACGGUGCAAAUAAAUUUACUUGUGCUGAAAUGUAUAUGAUGUAUUGUAAAGCUCGUCUGUUUAAAGAUGAUGCUAUAGCUGAGAAAAUUCUAAAGGAAAGAGCACCUCCAAGGAUAAAAGCUUUAGGAAGAAAAGUGAAAAAUUUCGAUGAUAAAAUAUGGAAGAAUCAUUGUUUUGAUUUUGUUGUUCAAGGAAAUUAUUAUAAAUUUAGUCAGAACAACACAUUAAAGGAUUACAUUAUAUCAACUAAGAAUAUUCAUUUAGCAGAAGCAAGUCCAAGUGAUAGAAUUUGGGGAAUAGGAAUGAAAAUUACUGAUCCAAAUAUUGCUGAUGAAAGAAAUUGGAAAGGACGUAAUUUACUUGGAAAAGCACUUAUGGAAGUUCGUAAAAGAAUUCUAACACAAGAUUCCUCCACCUCUGGUUCAGAUGAACUAAGUAUCGUUACUGACGAUGAAUCUGGAGGAGAAAAUGUUUAUAUAUAA